CCUUCCCGGGAGGGCAUGCUCCCGGCUCCCCCCUGCAGUGGCCCGCGCGGCCCGGCGAGGACCGCGGCCCGCCCCGGCUCCCAGGCUCGUCUGCAGCGCCCCGGUGGGCAAGACGCCGCGUGUCGGGCCGGCUCCUCCCGCCGCCGCGGCUCCCCCACCCAGCCGCCUGCCUUGGCGCCCGCGGCGGGUGAAGGAAUUUGCCGGGUGGGAGCAGGAGCGCAGCACCUCGGAGCCCACGUACAGCCCAGGCGCAGCUGGGAUCCAGCGCGGAGCAGAGCCAGAAAGUGCAUUUCCGCCCGGGCCAAAGGAGGAGAAGAGGCUGUCGGAGAGGCAGGGAGCAGGCCAGGCUCGGCGCCCGCGUCCGGAGGGGCCGGCAGUGCAGCACCAGGGAGAUGCCCUAGAGAAGGAAAGGCAGCGAGGAGAGAGCGGCCCUGCCCCAGAGGGCGCUGCUGCGGCAUGGAGGGGCUUGGGGCAGCCGGUGCCUUGCUGCUCUGCUGCCUGCUGCUGCCCUCCGCUGCGGGGAGCCAGCCCAGCCCCAGCCCGCGCUUGCAGACGGACCCCGAGGAGGCACCGCCCCAGCACCACGCUGCCAGGGCCAGGUGGGAGCAGGACAGCAGUGCCCAGGAGGGGCUACCCCCGCGGCCCCGCUGCGUCCGCUGCUGCGAGCCGCCCGACCAGCGCUAUUCCUACCCCCCGCGCCAGCCCCUGCCUCAGAUCAACGUGACCAUCCUGAAAGGUGAGAAGGGAGACCGAGGCGAGCGAGGCAUGCAGGGCAAGUUCGGCAAGACGGGGGCGGCCGGCAGCAGGGGCCACACGGGGCCCAAGGGGCAGAAGGGCAGCGUGGGCGCCCCGGGGGAGCGCUGCAAGAGCCACUACGCAGCCUUCUCGGUGGGCCGCAAGAAACCCCUGCACAGCAACGACUACUACCAAACACUCAUCUUCGACACGGAGUUUGUCAACCUCUACGACCACUUCAACAUGUUCACGGGGAAGUUCUACUGCUACGUCCCUGGCAUCUACUACUUCAGCCUCAAUGUGCACACCUGGAACCAGAAGGAGACUUACCUGCACAUCAUGCACAACGGGGCGGAGGUGGUGAUCCUCUACACCCAGGUGAGCGACCGCAGCAUCAUGCAGAGCCAGAGCGUCAUGCUGGAGCUGCAGGAGAAGGACGAGGUCUGGGUGCGGCUCUACAAGGGCGAGCGCGAGAAUGCCGUAUUCAGUGAUGAGUACGACACCUACGUGACCUUCAGCGGCCACCUCAUCAAGUACAGCGGGGACCCCUGAGCGCCUGCUCCAUCUCUGCUGCUCCUCCCUCGGGGCAGGCAUCCGAGGAGCCCUUGCUACCCGCCUUGCCCUGGGCAUGCCACCCUCCGUUAAGCCCUUAGCCCUUGUAUGUGCCACCACACCCAGCAGCUGUAGGGACAUGUGAGUACCACCUCUGUCCAGCUCCACCAGCUCCUUGAGAGGCCAAACAAAUGCACCUGGAGGCCAUGGGGCUGCUUCCAGCCUCUGCUGCCUUCCUGACCUGGGAAGCAUCUGGGAAGCUCAGCUGGGACAGGCAGGGAACAUGUCCCCACCUGCCUUUGGCUCGCAGCUGGGUUUGCCGGGGUGUGCAGAGAUGUGCAGAGCACUGGCUGUGACCUGGCACCAGCUGAACAGUUUCGACUACCAACAGCCACCGUACGAAGCAGCGCAGACCCCCACGCUGUGUUCCUUCGCCCCCUCCUCAGCAGCCCUCCCUGUGAUGUGCACUGCAGGCUUCUCCUGGAAAAGGGUGGAGGGUGCUCGGCACCCAGCAGGAUAGGAGGAGAGGAGCAGCAACAGAGACGCUAAGGGCUCCUGUUUCCUUAGAGCUGGGUCACAAGGCCUGGGAUACUGCCCCACGGCACUGGGGCUGCCCCUGGGCUGACACGUCCCUGCAAGAGCUGCCAGUGGGGGAGGAAACGGCAGCAGUUCCCCCUUCCCAGCAGCCACCCCAGUCCCCCGCGUGGCAGCCUCUGCUCUGUGCUGACGCCCAUCGAGGAGGGGGCUAGGUCCCGGCUGGCGGCCCUGCGUGCAGGGACCUGUGGCUUCAGUCUCUCCCUCUUUGGUUAGAUUUUCUGCUGGCCAGGCUUUUUAUUUUUGUAUAUGCAAUAGCAGCGCAGGGCCUGAGGCAGCAUGCUGCCCGCCCUCUGCUCUCUGUGCAGCUUGUGAUGACAUUAAACAGCCCAUGGUUUGGAGUCUUA